AUGGAACCUCUAAGCGUACUUAUUGAGAGGUGGUUAGAUUGGGAUCAAGACCCAAGAACCAGAGAAGAAAUUAUCACCCUGCGGAAUGAGCGGGAUGUUCCUGAACUUGAAAAGCGCCUACGGCACCGUAUGAAUGCCUACUCUAGUUUCAGAAUUUUCAGUUGGAAAAGACUAAUAGUAGCCUGGUUAGGUAUACGGUUCGGAACCGCGGGCCUGCGCGGCCGUAUGCUGGCCGGUUUUUCUCAUAUCAAUUGCCUUACCGUGAUUCAGGCUUCUCAAGGCCUAUGUAAAUUUCUCAAAAGUUCACAACAAGGAUCGACACCGCUAUCUGUUGUUAUUGGGAGAGAUGCUCGAUACAACUCCGAACUAUUUGCAUUGCUCGCCGCAAAUGUUUUUAGUGAAGAAGGGGUCAAAGUCUGGUGCUUUGACAAUCCUAUACCAACACCGGUUAUACCUUAUACGGUGUUGCUGAAAGAGGCUAAUGCCGGUAUCAUGAUCACUGCUAGCCAUAAUCCUGCCCAGGAUAAUGGGUACAAAAUUUACUGUUCCAGAGGCACUCAGAUCAAUUCACCAAUUGAUGUGCGCAUCGCCGAUUUCAUAGCCCAAAAUCUUGAGCCUUGGCCAAAGGUGUGGCAAUAUAACAAAGACGACUUGUGUUUAGAAAAUUCGAUAUCCCAAGGUCUCCAGCAGACUUACCUUGACAGGGUUUGCAGUUUUGUUGUAUCUACAGUCGAUAAGUGGAUCGUGCCCACACCUUUUGUAUACACGCCACUUCACGGCGUUGGUUACUUAAUGAUGUCAAAGCUUUGUCUGGCCCUAAACAUUCCUGGCAUCACUGUUGUGAGUGAACAACGGGACCCGGACCCUGAUUUUCCAACAGUUCGUUUUCCAAAUCCAGAGGAGGCCGGUGCUUUGGAUCUUGCCAUACGAACGGCCGAUAUCUCUGCAAUUGACAUCGUCAUUGCUAACGACCCGGACGCUGACAGAUUUGCGCUCGCUCAGAAAGUUAAUGGAAUCUGGUUCAAAUUUACUGGGGACCAAGUCGGGACUCUGCUGGCCUCUCACAUUCUGGACGCAUGGAAAAAGGAAUUACCACAAAAACCGAUGGCUAUGCUUAGCACCGCGGUAUCUAGUACCAUGCUUAGCAAAAUGGCAACCAAGGAGGGGUUUCUGUUUCGGGAAACUCUCACCGGCUUUAAGUGGCUUGCUAAUGUCGCAAGGCAGCUUGAGAUGGAAGGAUAUGAUGUUCCCUUUGCCUUUGAAGAGGCUCUAGGGUAUAUGUUUUGCAAUGUAUGUUACGAUAAAGAUGGACUUACCGCAGCCAUGACUUUUCUUGCCGCACAAGCAAAAUGGAGAACGGAAGGUCUUACUCCAUUCACCAAACUACAAAGGUUGUACGAGCAAUAUGGGUUUCAUGAGACUCUAAACACUUAUUUCGUGAGCCCUGACUCGAUCACCACUAUUAAGCUUUUUGAGCACAUUCGAAGCAUUCCCGAAGAGAAGCGAUGGUCUAUUGGCUCAUUACCCGUUAUGAGAUGGCGGGAUGUUACAAACGGGUUCGAUACAGAUAUUUCGGAGCCCAGUUCAAGGCUUCCUAUCGACCCCACUUCUCAAAUGCUCACCGUUUGGUCUGAGCGGGGGAUUCGAUUUACACUCAGGGCCUCCGGCACAGAGCCGAAAGUGAAAAUAUAUAUUGAAAGCUGCUGCCCCUUGCGUGAAGAUGCAGUUGACGCGGUUGGCGUGACACUGCUGACUGUUUUGGAACACUGGAUACUACCCUUUGCUCCUCUCAUGACGUAUGCAGUCACCGCAACCACAAGUUCUGGCUAUGUUCUCGACCUACCACGUCCUUGA